CCCUUUCUGCUACAACCUACCUUGCCUAGGACAGCUGGUUUCGCUUUGCUUAUUAUGCACCUCCCCCAUCAGUGGCUGGUCUGAGUUCCUCUAUCUGCACCCAGGGAUUUGGUUAGGGAACAGUCACAGCAGACCUUGUUGACACGUCUAACUCUCUUCUUUGAGAUGGCGACUACUAUCCAAAAACGGAGAAUCCAACUAACUGGAUUUAAGAAACAAGAAAAGGAGGCUAUAGUUGAAUUACUACUUAAACUGGACUGUGUUUUUAUUGAUACUGAGCAAUACAGAAAUUGCACACAUCUUAUAGCAAAACAGCUUUCCAAGAGUGAAAAGUUCUUAGCAGCUUGUGCAGCAGGAAAGUGGAUACUAACUAAGGACUACAUAAUUAAUAGUGUUGAAAGUGGCAGAUGGCUUGAUGAAACAACUUACGAAUGGGGAUAUAAAAUUGAAAAAGGCUCCCAUUAUUCACCUCAAAUGCAAUCUGCACCUAAAAGAUGGCGUGAAGAACUAACAUGCUCUGGUGCUUUAGGGGCCUUCCACAAAUGGAAAGUUAUCCUCCUUGUGAAAGAAGGUGAUAAACGAAGGGGUUCUAUCACAAGAGUUCUAGAAGCUGGAAAGGCAAUUAUAUAUCCACCACAAAAGGAAGUGAGAGCUGUUACUCAUGUAUUCACUGAUAAUAAAAGUGUCACCAUAGAGAGAGAGAAACAUCUCUUUGAGGCUCCAUAUUAUCCUGUGCAAUACAUAGGGGAUUAUCUUUUUGAGAAUGAAAUAGAAAAUAUUACUGAAGAUAACCAAAUGAACCAUCUUUUAGCUGAACAAGAAGCCAGAGAUGCAUCUGACAUGCAACUUGUUGAAAUGAAAAAUGCAUUAAUAAAGCAUAUAUAUUUUGCUCAGACUGUGAAACAGAAGUCUACUCAAAUAGACCAACUGAGUGGAUGUGGUACAGGGGUUAAAACUAUUGACCUCUCCAGAGGUAUAUUGUGUAUACUUGAAGGACUAGUAGAAGGACAUUUCUUUACUGAUGUAAUCACAGAACUUGCUGCUACUCAAAAAUACUCUAUCCCUCCUGUGCAACUUCUUCAUUCUCUUCUAGAGCAUAUGCUACAGGGAAAUACAGACACAGUAUUCUCCACUAAAUUUUUUCACAUCUUGUAUAUUCUUCUUCAACUUGAUCCUCCUUGGAAGUCUCCUUCCAUGUUAAGAUAUUAUCUGGAAUUUCUUCAGUGUCCUAUUUGCAUGAGAGGAACAUGGUCUCUGGUAGAGAUGCUUGUGAGAUCUUGCCUUUACUGCAAAAUGUUUUGUCAUGCAGUCUCUGUUUCAGAAAAAAUAAGUGAACAGAAGGUGGUUCACAAAGCAUUACUCAAAUUUUUCUUUAAUUUAGUGAAUGCUGAAGUACAGGCUUUAACAAGAAGAUUAUGUGAAGGGGCCAAUUCGCAGCUUCUGCAAGUUAUGCCACAGACAGUUCUUCUGAAGACCUUUUGGUUGGGAAGUGAAACCUCUCUGCUUUUUACCAAACAGAUAAAUAUUCUGGUAGAUUGGGUCAUACAUUCCUAUAGAGAAAAGUUCAAAACAAAUGAUGUCUUCAAAGACGAAGUAGCUAUGCUGCUAACUGGAAUUCUUGGAAAUGUAGUAGAAUAUUGGAUUCUUUCAGGCUUCAUGAUGGACAGAAACGUGUUGCAUCAAGUGGCAGAUGACCUGGCAAAUUACAUUGCCAUUGCAUGUGACGACUUUUCAACACAGGAAUUAAAAAUGUUCAUUUGUUCCAUACCAUCUCUCUGGCUUCAAAUGUUUGUUGCAGAGGCAGUCUUUAAAAAUUUAUGUUUACGGAGGAACAUUACUAUUUCUGCCAAACCUCUUUCUCUUCACAAAAUAGUUUGUUCCUAUUUGCCUGCUUUAGGAGAAGUAGGUAUGCAUGAGACUGGGAAAGUGCAGAAAGUGAAGAAAAAGAAAAUAGGGCAGUGGCCUUGCCCUAAGUCUCAAAGGGCAUUACUGAUGCUAAAUGGUGAUGAGCAGAACCAAGCCAAACUGCUGCCUGAUCUACCUGAACUGAUCUUCAAUAAAUUCCCUCCAUUAUCAAAGAAGUUAAGGAUGAAAGCAGAAGUUGAAGUGUCAAACACCAAAGAGAAUCGCCACCCUUUGGAUGAAGAGAUGCACUUUUACAAGACUAAUAUUAAAGGGGAGACAGCCCUGCAUAUAGCUUGCAUAAGAAACAAAGUGGAGAGACUGAUUCAGCUUCUCCCUUUCCCUGGAACAGACAUUAAUGUUAAAGACUAUGCUGGCUGGACGCCUUUGCAUGAAGCCUGUAACCAUGGUAGCACAGUGUGUGUCCAUGAAAUUUUGCAGCGUUGUCCAGAGGUAGACCUGCUCAGUCAAGUGGACGGGGUGACUCCUUUGCAUGAUGCACUGUCAAACGGACAUGUAGAAAUCGGCAAACUGCUACUUCAGCAUGGGGGACCACUGCUCCUACAGCAGAGGGACUUUUAUGGGAAAUUGCCACUGGAUUAUGUGGAGUCCCUAGCAGUAAAACAAGAACUUUUGGAUAUUGUCCACCCAGAAGAGACUGUCAAGGACUUCUAUGAACGUGUGGAAAAAGAUUUCCACAGCCAGCAAAGAGAACUUUGGUUAAUUUUAUUUAAUAAGUUGUUGCUAAAUUUUUGUUCAGUUUAUAACUUAUCUUCACCCUCUCCUUUACCUUUUAAAGAAGUAGCCCACUUAAAUUCACUUCCAUUAGUGGCUAUUAAUGGCUGUAAAUUGAAAAGUAGGUCUCUUACUGAUUGGUUAGUAGAUCUUUAUGUUGGAGAGCUACAGACUUUCCAGAAACUUCCAGAGUUUAUUCAGGAAAUAUCUGAGAACCUAAAAAAAUCUUUUGGAGAACAGGUACAUCCCUUACUGGCAACACUAGAAACUAUGGCAAUGGCAACUCAGCUGUCUACUUUUCAUCUUUCUAACCAUUAAGAUUAAUUUUCAGAUCAGUUUCAUUGGUUCAAUUGUGAUAGUUUAUCAUGGACACUCAACCCCUCUUUUUUUCCCCCUUCUAGCACAUUUUCUGUCAUGAGGAACCUUGUGCAAGAAUUCUUUGCUGGUUUCAAGGAUGUUGACCCUAAAAUUUAUCUGAUUUAGACGCUAUGGUUGGUUACUUUUUUUCCAGGAUGUACAGUUAUGCCUGCUGUUCUCAUGUGACUAACUUUUUGAAUAGUUGUCAAAUAAAUAAAACAAAAAUGGAAAAACUACUACUACUACAAUUAUCCAUAUUUUUUAUAUCAUCAUCUUGGGAAAUGCAUAUCUUUAAAAUACAUUUAAAAAUUUAGCUCAAAAGUUAGUUUUUAAAAUUGUGUAUUUACAGUACCAGUUUACAGUACUUCCCCUAUUGUCCUUACUGAUUUUCUAUCAAAGGAUAUUGACAAAGUUUUUCAUGCAAAUGAUCCAUUAAACUUUCUACUAGCUUUCUG